AUGUGAAGUAGGAAAGCACUAUCCUUCAACCAAGAAAGCUCAUAAGAAAUCUAAGUACAGCUCUCUUGGUUUAGUUCUUGUUCUUGCAACUAACUUUCUUGAUUCUUGAUUCUUGAUCUUUUAUCAGAGAGCUUCCAUGGCUGGUCUUCAACAAUACUACUUUUUCCCUACUGAUUUCUUCUACCCUCGUCCACAAUCUGUUCGUGUGGAUACUGCUCAGAAAUCUGCUCUUCCCCUGCAGAUUCAGAAGCGAGAUAUUUCUGAAGAUCUUAAACAUCCCACAAGCUUAAGCCUCGUUCUUUACACCAACAAGCAUGCCAACAAGGCUUCUGCUGCCAUUAAUAAAGGCAAAAGUACUUGAUGUAUUAUACAAGCAGCAGGAGCAAAGAAGAAAGAAAGAUCGACCCAGAGGGAAGCUUGUGCAUCCAUCAAAUCUUUCCAAUACCUUUUUGGUAUCUUUUUGCAUAUCUUGGAUUGGUAUACACCUAUCAGACAUGGUGUUGGUUUAAUUGUACAAGGAAUUUGCAGCUUUUUCUUUC